AUGAUGACCGAGCUACCUUACGCACUCGAUGCCGAGACUCCCCUGAGCCCAUCCGAGCUCCAGGUCCUACGAGCCCAAUAUGAAAAAGAAGGUGACAUGGCCGGUGUCCAGACCCGCUUCAACUACGCCUGGGGCCUUGUCAAAUCCGAUAACCGCUCAGACCAGCAACAAGGCGUCCGCCUGCUAUCCGAAAUAUUCCGCGUCUCCCCCGAGCGCCGCCGCGAGUGCCUGUACUAUCUUGCCCUAGGCAACUACAAGCUAGGUAGCUACGCCGAGGCCCGUCGCUACAACGAUCUCCUCCUGGAGCGCGAGCCCGCCAACCUACAGGCCUCAAACCUGCGGCAGCUCAUCGACGACAAGGUGGCGAGGGAGGGGCUCAUGGGCGUGGCCAUCCUUAGCGGUGUGGGUGUUGUGGCUGGUGUCGUCGGCGCUUUUCUCGUCCGGAAUGCGAGGAGGAGGUAA